UUCCAUCCUCGAGAUUUCUCCCUCUUGUUCUUUUGACUUGAGAUCGACCAUGAACGCCCUCGCCGCAACGAACCGCAACUUCCGCCACGCGGCUCGCAUUCUCGGGCUCGAUUCUAAGCUGGAGCGGAGCCUCUUGAUCCCGUUUCGGGAGAUCAAGGUGGAGUGCACGAUUCCCAAGGACGACGGCACCCUGGUGUCGUACGUCGGGUUCAGGGUGCAACACGACAAUGCGCGCGGUCCCAUGAAGGGCGGGAUCAGAUAUCAUCCUGAGGUUGACCCGGAUGAAGUUAAUGCCCUGGCCCAGUUGAUGACCUGGAAGACAGCUGUAGCGGAUAUUCCAUAUGGAGGUGCAAAGGGUGGGAUUGGAUGCAAUCCUAGGGAUUUAAGUAAGAGUGAGUUGGAACGCCUAACCCGUGUAUUCACUCAGAAGAUUCAUGACCUCAUUGGGAUCCAUACUGAUGUUCCCGCUCCUGACAUGGGAACGAAUGCUCAGACCAUGGCAUGGAUUUUGGAUGAGUACUCAAAAUUUCAUGGUCACUCACCGGCUGUCGUGACAGGAAAACCAAUUGAUCUUGGUGGAUCACUAGGCCGGGAGGCUGCUACUGGCCGUGGCGUUGUUUUCGCUACGGAAGCUUUGCUUGCCGAGCAUGGGAAGUCCAUCAACAAUCUGACAUUUGUUAUUCAGGGAUUUGGAAAUGUGGGGUCCUGGGCAGCAAAGCUGAUUCAUGAGAGAGGUGGUAAGGUUAUAGCAGUCAGUGACGUCACCGGUGCAGUUAAAAAUCCAAAUGGUAUCAAUAUUCCAGAAUUGCUCCAGCACAAAGAAAGCACUGGCAGUCUGAAAGAUUUCCAAGGUGGAGACUCCAUGAAUCCUGAUGAACUGCUUGUACAUGAAUGUGAUGUUCUUAUCCCUUGUGCUUUAGGGGGAGUUCUGAACAGGGAUAAUGCAGCAGAUGUAAAGGCCAAGUUCAUUAUUGAGGCGGCCAACCAUCCUACUGAUCCAGAAGCAGAUGAGAUAUUAUCGAAGAAAGGAGUUGUAAUUCUGCCUGAUAUAUAUGCAAAUGCUGGGGGAGUGACUGUUAGCUAUUUUGAGUGGGUUCAGAACAUCCAAGGUUUCAUGUGGGAUGAAGAUAAGGUGAACAGCGAGCUUCAGAGAUACAUGACUCGAGCUUUCCACAACAUCAAGAACAUGUGCCAGGUUCAUGACUGCAACUUGCGGAUGGGUGCCUUCACGCUUGGGGUGAACAGGGUUGCACGAGCCACCCUUUUAAGGGGUUGGGAAGCAUAGUUUUCUUCCUUGUUUGUUCGCAUCCCUGUUCUUCAGUAACAUUUCGUGGAGAUAUCCCAGCCAUGGAAGCAUCUGGAAAUCACAGCUGACGGAAUCAUUUUCACCGGCCCAAGAAGAGCCUUUUUUUUUCUGUUUUCAUUUUGCUUUAUUUUUUAACCCUCAGAACCUUUUGUGUUCGUUGGCGGGAAUCACUACAUUGGAUGCUUGCAACAUAUUGUUCGAGAAAUAAGAAGAGUAUGAGCAUGAGCUGA